AUGUCCCUCAUGGUGCCUUCGUACAUGAUGCCAGAGCAGCUGCGCUUGGCUCGUGUGCAGCUUUGUGUGGGGCUGUUCCUGUUCAGACCUGCAGCGUUCAGCCCUGCAGCAGCGCAACCGCACGAGCAAGCAGAGCGGAAGAGCGGAAGACCUCGUAAGGGCACAGCUGUGGCUGUGCAGGGCACAGGCAAAAGUGGCCAGUGUCGUCAGGCGGACCAGCAGAUUCAAUAUUUGCAGAGCCGCCCUGAUGUUGCUUGCUUGACGAAGACUUCCAUGUGUCGCUUGACCAAAGAGAUCUUGCAGACCAUCGUCAAGGAGCGCAACAGUCAGAGAGACCCAUGGCUUCCGUGCAAGGAAAACUCCUUGGCUGAGCUCAAGAUCUCCGCGGCAGCUCUAGCCGUCCUCUCUCAUGCCGCUGAAGCAUACGUGGUUCAGAGGCUGGUGCAGGGCAAUGUGCUCGCCGCUCACCGUGGGAAGAAGACUUUGACUGAGAAAGACCUUCAAACUCUGCAGACAGUGGAGGAGGUUGCGGCUGGCCAUGUUUGCAAGAAGCCGAGAACACAGUGA